CUAGUUAAUUACAACUCUGUAAUUGGACAAUUCCAUUAGCUUGGAUAUUGAGCUAACCUUCUUUAGUGAACCCUGUAUCAACAUGUCUCUGACUGACAUCAUAAGAAAAAUGUAAACAAAUAAGAACAGCUGUGUGCUAUCAUUUCAACGUGACUGCUUUUGAACGAAGAAGUUGCUUUUCUCUGUGCAUGCCUUUGCCUUCGACAAUUACGUGAAUGUUUCUUCUGUGAUUUUUCAAUAAAACAAACGCGAAAAAACACCAACAUGUUCCGUUUGUCCCAGAGAUGCGGUUUAUUUACUAAAACUCUUCAGAGAUUGGCCAUCAGCAGACUUUCCUCGAGCUCUUCAGUUACUGAUGCCCCUGAGCAGGAGGAACAAGUUGCCGGACAAGCUUCUACCAAACUUCCUCCUCGUUUGCCACUGGCCAAAAACUUUUUCGUUGGGUUGGUAGACAAUGAAUUGCUGGCCUACCCAGAAGUAAUCAAUCGCGACGAUAUGGCCCGCCUAAACAAUGAACUGUUGCCCUUGAAAAAUUUCUUUUCGGAAGAUUUCGAUUAUCAAGCAGCCGGUAAAACGUAUACUCUGCCCAAAGAUUUGCCCGAAAAUCUGAAGGCCCUAGGUGUGUAUGGCUUGAAUGUGUCUACAGAUUAUGAUGGAAAAGGCUGGGGCUAUAGUGCAAGUUUAAUGGCUUCAGAGCCGGAAUCAGAAGCCACUGACGUAGCGUUAAGUCUUUUAGGUCAUCGUGCAAUUGUGGAUGUUAUACAAGAACUGGGCACAGACGAGCAGAAAAGUAGAUACUUGACCAAAUUAGUAAAUGGAUCUCUGGUGGCAUCGGAGGCAAUUUUUGAAUUUGAAGGGUCCGAAGAAGACUAUUUUAACACCAAAGCUCAUCAUGAAAAUCAGGCAUGGAUUUUGAAUGGAACAAAAUCCUUCGUCCUAUCGCCACCCAAAACAUCGGAUGCUGCACAUCUCUUUCUUGUGGUGGCCCAAACAAACAAGGCAAACGUUCAAAGUGAAGCAGCCCGCUCCACUACAAUAUUUCUGGUAGAUUCCACAAUGCCAGGAGUAAAGAUAGGUGAACGUCAACAAACACUAGGUUGUCGGGCCAGCGCUAUAAAUGAAGUACACUUUGACAAUGUGCGCAUUCCCGAAAGUUGUGUGCUUGGACAUGCUCAUGAAGGCAAUGUAGUGGCCGAUGCUUUAUUGAAAUCGAGUCGCUUGAGAAAUGCUAUGGUUGGUUUGGGCUUGUCAAAGAGCAUACUUAACGAGAUUUCCUUGGAAUGUAUUGAGAAAAAGAUGUGUGGUGUAGUACUAAAAGAUUUAGAAUCCGUUCAGAGCCAUUUGGCCAGAUCGUGUCUAUCAAUUUACAGUAUGGAGAGCAUGAUAUAUCUAACAGCAGGGCUGUUGGAUGAAUUUAAUUUUCCAGAUAUUGCAUUAGAAUCAGCGAUAACAAAGUAUUACACACUUAAGGAAAUGUUAAAUAUAUCCACACGUUGUUUGGAUAUGAUAGGACCCAAGUCAUUGGUUUCUGGACAAGCAACAGAGCACUUCUAUCGCAAUGCUUCUUAUCUCUACAGCCAAGGGGAGUCCAUAGACAACCUAAGCAUAUACAUUGCCCUUUCAGGCCUUCAACAUGCUGGAACAAUAAUGGGUGAUAAUAUACGUAAGCAACGCAAUCCCUUGUUUAAUCCUGGUCACAUUUUCUCCAAAUUAAUGGAGCGUACCAGCCUUGACAAUCCUGUCACUAAAAUGGAUUUAAAGGAAAAUCUUCAUCCCACCCUUGAACCAGGAGCCUUGUGUCUAGAACACUCAGUGGCUCGCCUACAAAUGUGUGUGGAUCUGUUAUUUACCCGCUACGGUAAUGGUAUAGUGGAACGUCAUAAUGAAUCUAGACGAGUGGCUGAAAUGGUAACCACCAUAUAUGCCAUGUUUGCUAGUUUAUCGCGAGCAUCACGUUCCUAUUGCAUAGGUCUGCAACUGGCCGAUCAUGAAAUGCUUACAGCCAUGGCCAUUUGUGCUGAUGGCAGAGACAAGGUGUUGACCAUAGCGCGAGAAAUUUUCUAUGGACAGUAUGUGAAUAAUGAUAAUAAUUUGCAACGUCUUUCGCGACAAAUAGUUAAAAGUAAAGGUUAUUUUGCCACGCACCCGUUGACAUAUAAUUUUUAGUUUUAGCCAAUAAAUCGUCGUUAAUUUGUUUUAUAAAUUAUGAAAAAGGAACGAAAUGUUGAAUAAAUACUGGAUAAAAAUGUGGCUGCUUUGUGAGAAGGAA